UCAAACUGCGGGUAUAAUACAAGUGUCAUUGAAAAAAAAAAUUCCAGUUCGUGUACAUGCUGCCGUAGAAGAUGUUGGAUAUUGUUCUGGUGUUUGUGUUGGUGCUGUUGUCGGUGUGGUGGUGGAGCACACGACGUCAGACGGGUUUACCACCUAGUCCUGGCAUCGCUCUACCACUUAUAGGACAUCUACACUUGAUGGAGCCAGACCCUACCAGGCUGUUCAAGGAAUGGAGAAAAAGACUUGGUGAUGUCUACACCCUUAUGUACGGCCCACACCGAGUCGUCAUGGUCAAUGGCUACAAGGCCUUACACGAGGCUUUGGUCAAACAGCACGAGGUGUUCAUGAACAGGGCAGACAGCUUCCUCCACACUAUGCUGUUCAACAACCGCGGGGUGAUUUCCCUUGCCGAUGACGAAUGGAAAGAGCAAAGAGCUUUUCUUCAGACGACUUUGAAAUCUCUGGGCAUGGGCAGGAAUGUUAUGGCGGACAACGUGGCCACAGAGAUUGGUUUUUUGUUGGACGCCUUCAGAGAAACACGCGGCCAGCCGACUAAUUUUAGAAUGUUAUUGUCUGCAAGUGUCAGCAAUGUCAUUUCAUUGGUCACGUUUGGUCGUCGGUUUGAUUACACGGAUCCAGAAUUUCUACACAUGCAGGCGCUAACUGUACGAGCUUUUGAGCUUGUACCGCCAUCUUCACCUUUACAUUUCUUUUUCCGUUUGAUCAAGUACUCGCCCGUGGAUCUAUUUCACUAUCGCGAACUGCAGAAUUACAUUCAGUCAAUGAGAUCUAUUUUCCAGAAAAUGAUAAAUGAAAGCAACAAUGCGCACGAUUCCGGUGAUGACAGUAAAACGUGUGUGAUCGAAUAUUAUAUUGACGAAAUAAAACGUAAAACUGAGGCCGGAGAAACAAUGACCUCGAUAAACUCUGAGAAUCUACUGUACUCUGCCUGGAAUCUGUUUAACGCCGGAACAGACACGACUAGUACCACGUUACUUUUUGCCAUACUCUACAUGACUGUGUAUCAAGAUGUACAGGAGAAACUUUACGAGGAGAUCAAGACGAUUGUAGGUACAGAAAAACUCCCAGAUAUGUCCCACAAAGCGCAGUUGAAAUACGUCAACGCGUUUAUCCUUGAGACUCAAAGAUUUACAAGUCUUAUUCCAUUGAGCUUAGACCGACUGACAAGAAACGACACAAAAUUACUCGGUUAUUCAAUCCCAAAAGGCACAGUUAUCCUUCCUGUUCUGGACUCCGUGAUGUGGGACGAUGACGUGUGGGGAGAUCCAAUGACGUUCCGACCAGAAAGGUUCCUUAAGAACGGUGUUCUGACCGUGAAGAAAGAGUUCCUCCCCUUCUCCAUAGGACGCAGGAGUUGUCUUGGCGAGUCCCUGGCUGUGACUGAGUUGUACCUGUUCACCACAGCUUUCGUCCAGACGUUCCAGUUUUUACCUGAAGAUCCCAGCCACCCGCCUUCAGUCGUUGGACGGCACGGGUUCACGAGAGUACCUGAGCCGUUUAAUGUUCGAGCAGUUCCAAGACAGCGUUAAAUGUUUUAACAAGCUUAAAUUAAAGCUAGUUCAGAAAAAAAUAUUUUACUUUCCUAUGUGUAUAUAAAAUUUAAAACUAUUUUAAAUAUUUCAUUCCAUUGUUAGGCUUGUCCGUGUAUAGGUAAUUAUAUCGUAGAUUAUCAUAUAUAUGUUUUAGUAUACAACCAAGAUCAAGGAAUGCAAAAAUUGUUUCGUUUUUUAAAUUUUUCUUAUGAAGUUAAUACGUGCAUAUGCCGUAACUGUCCUAACAAUGUCUUUACUUUCGAUAAGAGUAUGGAAUUGUAUUUUUUCCUAACAUGACGAGAACUACUGAAUGUAAGAACAGAUUUUUUUCCAGGGAGGGGGAGGUUGCACUUAAAUUUUUUUCGCGGGUGGGGGCGGACGCUAUUAAAAUUUAUAUUUCUAUAUACAUUUUUAUAUUACGUUCGAUUUUUUUUUGGCGUGGGGUGUAAGAAAGCUGCAUUUUUGUAUAAGUGGAUAUAUCUUUUUUUAACUAUUACCUGAAUAAAAUACAUUUAAUUGUUAGAUUUUAGAUUGAUAACUUUAUCGAAAUACGGUCGUUAUUGAUUGAAAGAAAUUUAUUUCUAACGUAUAAUUUAUUUCUAAUUUUCGCAUUGUGAGAAUCAGGGUCGAAAAUAAAACUUCUUACUAGAUCUAGAUCUAAAAACAAAAAUGAAAAGUGUUUCGUACAGACUAU